CUAACCCUAGUACGAACUUUAACAGCCUCACCUCUCUCUCUCUAUCUCUUUCAUCCAUGAUCCCUGGUUCGAAUCCCUCUUUCUCUCUCUAAAGCCCUAAUUAUAAGGAACUCAUCAGGUGCCUCUUUUCCCCUGCAUCGAAUUUCACUGACAUCGAUGCACUUCGAUUUUCGAGGUACUUUUUGGGUUUUUACUCGGUUCUGGGCUCUGAAGCUUCCCUGAAAGCUUUAUCGAAAUUCAGCUGAGUUUCCUUUUGCUGUUUUGUGAUCCAGAUGUUCAUUUGCGCGUGAUUGUUGCUGAGGAAACCCUAGUCUGAGUUGCGGAGAAACCCUAGUUUGAGUUUGAGACUGUGACUGGAGGGAUUGUUUUGUGGAGUUUUGCUUUAUCGGGGCCUUGGAGAGAGCUUUAAUGGCAGGAGAAGAUCUGAUUGAGCUGAAGUUUCGCCUCUAUGAUGGAUCUGAUAUUGGACCGAUACGAUAUGCUCAGUCAACGACGAUUGCUACACUGAAGGAAAGGAUUGUUUCAGAAUGGCCGCGAGAUAAAAAGGUUGCACCGAAGGGAGUUAAUGACAUAAAACUCAUUAGUGCUGGAAAAAUCUUGGACAACAAUAAGACAAUUGCACAGUCCAGAUUACCUUUUGGUGAACUUCCUGGUGGGGGGAUUACCAUGCAUGUUGUUGUGCAGCCAUCUGUAGCAAGAACAAAGACAGAAAAAAAGGUGGAUGAGACACCAAAGAAGAGUCUUUGCAGUUGUGCCAUUCUAUAGACUCUUCCAGAGCUUAUACUGCUCUAAUAGUUGUUGCUACUCUAGCCAUGUAAUUGUAAUGCUUGUAACAACCAUGAAGAUCGUAUAUUGUCCCGUCCGCGGGCCACCCGUGGUUUAUUAUUCAUUGCAUUUUUCUCUGUCUACAAAUUUUUAUUCGUUGUUUUUUUAUUUAUUUUAUUUUUAUGUAUGCUUGGUGGGGAUUCAAACCUGAAGUUUAGGGAUUGAGGCACAAAACUUUUGUAUCUCUUUUUGAGAAGCCAAUGAGUUCCAACCCUAAAUUUCUGACCAUUUUGAAAGAGAGAGGAUUGUAAAUUAUCAGUG